CAGCGAACGUGGAGGACGCGUCUCCAUUUUGCUUCCUCUCUUUCCCCGACGAAGAAGGAAGAAGAAGGACCUAGAGACUUCCCUCCCUCACUCCUUAUACUCGAAGACUAUAAAUCAUCAGAUACCACAUCAUACUUGUCACUGCUUUCUCCACUCCACCCUCUCUCCUUAUCGGUCGAAAUCUGCAAGAUGAAUCCACCAUCAGAGUCUCGCUCAAGUCCUCAGCAACACCAAACCACUGUUCCUUCCACGACCGAGAUCCAGUUGCGGUCAACGGUCGAUGGCAUAUUUCAGAACUCAUGGGAAGCUGCAGAAAGAGGUGAAGUUGCAAGAGGUCACGGAACAUGUAGCUAUGAAUCCAAGUUGAAGCAAAUCCUACAGUUCGCCUUCAUUGAUAUAAUCAUCAGCUUAAUGGCAGUGUUUGCAGUUUUCAUAGCACAGCGAGAUCUGAAAGGCCAUGCAAACGAAUUGCACCUUCUCAUCUGCGGCUUCCUCACCACCUGCAGUCUUCUCUGUGGGGUAACCCUAAUGUUCUUCACCAUCAAUUUGCUAAGUCGCAAGAAUCACAGUGUCCAAAGAGGCCAGCAUAUGACCACCGUUUUCCUCCUCGUCAUUUCAUGCGCUCUCCUCAUCCUUACAGCAGCUGGUUUCUCAACUCUCCUCCAUAAACGCUCCAUGUUUCUGGCAGCCCUGCUUCCGGGAUGUUUGCUUCUCGGCACCCUCUUCUACUUCAUAGUCCACGCAGGGGAUGACCAUGAUCAGAAUUCCACAGGAUAUGGGAGCUAUAAAUCAGAGCUGAAACAUUCGUUGGGUCUCUCAUCCACUGUUGUCUCCCUUGCAUUCAGUGGGCUGAUAACUACUCUUAUUGGGACCGCUAAAAGUCAUUCGGAUCAAGCCCUUACCAUAAACACGAAGAUCUGCAUCUUUCAGAUGUUCUUCGCCGCCAUGUUCGGCCUUCUGUUGAUGCUGCUCAGCUCAGUCCCACCAAGCUUCAAGCAGCAAAGCACCAGGGAGUUCCUUACCAAGGUCCUGAAAGCACUCAGCUACUCUCUGCUGGGCUCAUUGGCACUCAUAGCCGCUACGGCGGCUUCUGCUUUCCUUGACGUCUUCCUUGUACUGGUUCUCCUGCCGACGCCAUUUCUUGGAGUCACUCUUUGGUUCUGCAUAGAGUGGCACAGCACCCAGAAACAGCCGCACGGACCGCGCACUACUACCAACGUUGGUCAUGAUCUCAAGCUCAAACUCAUUUCCAAGGUCGCUACUACCACGACAUCGAUCAGCUUCGGAGGUCUUAUGGGCGCCUUCUCAGGAUUUAUCGGCAGAAAAGGCAGUGAAUUGCAGCUCAAGCUCUGCGUGCUGGUGAUGUUCUUCGCAUUUCUAUCCAGUUUCAGCGUGAAGCUGCUCACUUUCAGGACUCCAAAGCCAGGAACUCUGAUGACAGUAAUCAAAAUCUUAAGCACUUGCUCCGUCUUGUUACUCCUAUUCUUCGCCAUUGUCGUCUUCUUCCUCGAGUUCUUGGGUGGCUAAACACCACGAAGAAGACUACUUACUAGCUGUCGGGGAAAUAAUGCAUACGGCAGUGGGCUUCCGUCAUAUCCUGAGAGAUCAGAUGGAAUGUGACCUUUGCAUUUGAUUGCAGAGUAAGUUUUUUUUUACUUUAAGAAGAAAGAUAGAGAAUUUGAUUACAGCAUCUGUUGUUGUCUUAAUUGCUCUCUGUAUGCCCACAUGACUUCCUGAGACUUGUCGGGUUCAUAGAGAUGUGGUCUAUAUGUAUGAACUUUGGUUUGGCCGGCUCUAUAAAAAUUCGAUUUUAAUUAAGUAUCUUCUAUUAUCUCUCUUUUUCCAUAUUCAUCCUUUAGUUCUUUUAUUUUUUAUAUUAUUAUUAUACCGUCGAUCAAUGUCUGUAGCCUCCUUCACAUCCUAAGCAUUAUCUUUUAUUUGGAGAUGGAUUUCGAAUAGUGUGUGCUCAUGUUCUUCCUCUACCAACCUUUCAUAAUGUCUAUUUUGUGUCUCACAUUAAUAUCUUUAGGAUUUUCAUACCCUUCUCUUGCCACCUCUGUCCACUCGUUUCACUGGUCGCUUACAGUACAUGCCCUAACAAAAAAAGGCUCAUACUCCAAAACUACAUGGAUUUUCCAUCUUUCUACAAUAUUUACAAACAGAUCGGUUCCAUAGAAUGUGUUCCUGAUGAACAUAUGUAUCGAUAAAGCAUGAGAUUGCAAGAAUCUGAUGGAAAAUAUGUUAGG